AUGGCUCACAGCCAACUUAAGGCUUCCCAGCAACGGCAAGCAAAAGUCAUGACCGCCGCCGCGGGCUCGGCGUGCCGUGCCGCGGUGCCCUGGCUGUUGUGGUGCGCGAUGCUGGCGCCCGGCGGCGCCUACGUGCUCGACGACUCCGACGGGCUGGGCCGGGAGUUCGACGGCAUCGGCGCAGUCAGCGGCGGCGGGGCAACCUCCCGGCUUCUAGUAAAUUACCCAGAGCCCUAUCGUUCUGAAAUACUGGAUUAUCUAUUUAAGCCAAACUUUGGUGCCUCUUUGCAUAUUCUAAAAGUGGAAAUAGGUGGCGAUGGACAAACAACAGAUGGCACUGAACCCUCCCACAUGCACUAUGAACUAGAUGAGAAUUAUUUCCGAGGCUAUGAAUGGUGGCUAAUGAAGGAAGCUAAGAAGAGGAACCCAAAUAUCAUACUUAUGGGGUUGCCAUGGUCAUUCCCUGGAUGGCUGGGCAAAGGUUUCAGUUGGCCUUAUGUAAAUCUUCAGCUGACUUCCUACUAUGUUGUGAGAUGGAUUUUGGGUGCCAAGCAUUAUCAUGACCUGGACAUUGAUUAUAUUGGGAUUUGGAAUGAAAGGCCAUUUGAUGCCAACUAUAUAAAGGAAUUAAGAAAAGUACUGGAUUAUCAAGGUCUCCAGAGAGUGAAAAUCAUAGCAAGCGAUAAUCUCUGGGAGCCUAUUUCUUCUUCUCUGCUGCUUGACCAUGAACUCUGGAAUGUGGUUGAUGUUAUUGGAGCUCAUUAUCCUGGAACCCAUACAGUUUGGAAUGCAAAGAUGUCGAGGAAGAAACUUUGGUCGUCUGAAGAUUUUAGCACUAUCAACAGUGAUGUUGGUGCAGGCUGUUGGGGUCGCAUAUUGAACCAAAAUUAUAUCAAUGGCAAUAUGACUGCCACAAUUGCUUGGAAUUUGGUGGCUAGUUACUAUGAAGAAUUGCCUUAUGGGCGAAGUGGAUUGAUGACAGCCCAGGAGCCAUGGAGUGGGCAUUAUGUAGUAGAAUCUCCUAUCUGGGUAUCAGCUCAUACAACUCAGUUUACUCAACCAGGCUGGUAUUACCUGAAGACAGUUGGCCAUCUAGAGAAAGGAGGAAGCUACGUAGCUCUGACUGAUGGCUUAGGAAACUUCACCAUCAUCGUUGAAACUAUGAGUUAUAAACAUUCUAUAUGUAUACGGCCAUACCUACCAUAUUAUAAUGUCUCAAACCAGAUAGCUACCUUCACUCUAAAGGGAUCUUUGAGAGAAAUACAAGAGCUCCAGGUGUGGUAUACCAAGCUUGGAAGACCAACGGAGAAACUUCAUUUUAUACAACUGGAUUCUCUAUGGCUCCUUGACAACAGUGGCAGCUUCACACUGGAAUUGCAAGAGGAUGAGAUAUUCACACUCACCACUCUCACUGCAGGUCUCAAAGGCACCUACCCUCCUGCUCCCACAUCGAAGCCCUUCCCAAGCAGCUACAAGGAUGAUUUCAAUGUUGAUUACCCAUUUUUUAGUGAAGCUCCAAAUUUUGCUGACCAGACUGGCGUAUUUGAGUACUACAAGAAUAACGAAGACCCCGGACAGCAUCGCUCCACACUGCGUCAAGUUCUCAAUCAACGACCUAUUACCUGGGCUGCUGAUGCCUCCAGCACAAUCAGCAUUAUAGGCGAUUACCACUGGACCAACAUGACUGUGCAGUGUGAUGUUUACAUAGAGACCCCUCAGAGAGGAGGCGUGUUCAUUGCUGGAAGAGUGAAUAAAGGUGGCAUCUUGAUUAGAACGGCUGCAGGAGUUUUCUUCUGGAUUUACGCAAAUGGAUCUUACAGAGUCACAGCUGACCUGGGUGGGUGGAUCACAUAUACUUCAGGACGUGCUGAUAUCACAGCAAAACGAUGGUAUACACUCACCUUAAGCAUUAAGGGUUAUUUCGCCUCUGGCAUGUUGAACGGCAAGGUCCUGUGGGAAAAUGUCCUGGUGAAAUUCCCAGAAACUGGCUGGGCUGCGAUCGGGACGCACACCUUCGAGUUUGCGCAGUUUGACAACUUUCACGUGGAAGCUGCUCGCUAGGACUCAUGGGGCAUCAAGACACGAUUUGGAUUUUUCUGUUUUUGAUUUUGGUUCAGGGCCAAUUCUAGUUUUGAUGGAACUAUAUGUGCGCCUUUGAGGCUAACAGUAAUGAAGAGUAAAUAGGGGAAAUGGUAUAUUUUUACUGAACCCUGUGAAGGAUUUUAUUAGAACUAAUUCCAGAGGGAAUGCUGAUAGUGUUUGGCAUUGUUUGUGGUAGCUCUUGAGAUCUACUGUUUGUCAGUCCCAUCCCUCAGGAGUGGUCUGGGUGGUUCUUGGCUUGCAGCCUUGCUCUAGUACCAAGCUAGGUCUUUCCAUAUUGCAUGUAAAUGAUCAUGCAUAUAGAUGGGACCUAACGAACACAGAGGUGCAUCUGUGAGCUCUGACCAUGUGUCCACAGGAGUUGAGGUUUCCUUAGAAGAUGCCUAUGUUUAAGAGGAAGCGGAUGAACCCUUGAACACUUCAACACAUAGUCCUCUCUUUCUCUCUCCCUUCCUCCCUCAUCCCCCUCUCUGCCUUCCUCCUCCCAGGAUGAUGCAUUUGGAAUUGUGUGAAAUGAUGUAGGGAUGAUUUGAAAAUUACCUUAUUAAUAAACUUACUCCAAAGUCAUUUUGCAGUAAUAAAAAUGAUCAUAUUAAUUAGGUUGUUUGUACUCUUUAAUUUUCUCAUUCCAACUUUUAAGUCUCAUCACCCUUAUAACUGUCUUGAGAACAUUUUCCCCACAUAAGCCAGUGCUGUAGGUGGGCCUACCCACUUCCCUGUUCAUUUCUGGUGCCUUUUGUGAUAUGUCCUCACAGGGGACUCUGAAAACAGCAGAGCACUGGUGAAUGCUUUUAUCUCUCUAAAGUGGCAGGAGGGACCACCUAGCCUUUAACUAGCUCACAGACUGGGUCAUCUAACAUUUUUAUGGAUAGAAGCACUUACUACAUUCCCAGUGUUUGUAUUUAGGUGAUAAACAUGUUUCUCAUUAGCAUAAACAUUAAUGUAACUCCUAGAAACAAAUUAAUUUUCCAUAUGGGUAAAGUGAAUUCUGUAAUGCUUUAUAAGGAAAAAUUAGUUCUACUGCAUGGGAAUUUGUAGCAGUCUAAGAUGGGUAGAACUACAGUGAGGUUUUGUGUUGCUUUUGAAAACUUGAAAUCAAGUCUAAGUGAUUUACAGUUUAGCUUUUUAAAUAUUUUUGAAAACUAACCCACAAGUAUAAUUGAUGUAUGAUAGAAUAUUCCCAUUUUAAGUGUGUAGCUUGAUGUCUCGAUGAAUGUAAACAUCCCUUGUGACCACUAUGCCAGUGAAGCUACUGAAUAUUUCUAACACCCAGAGGGUUCUCUGGUGCACCAGUGCAAUCAAUUCCUGUCUCUGCUAAGCUCAGGCAGCAUUGAUAUCUCUGUUGCUAACAAUUUGCUUUGAAAGCAUGAAAGUGACAAGGUGUGUUAUGUAUUUUUCUUAAUGGCUGGUUUCCAUCAGUAUAAUGCAGUGAGACUUGUCCAGGGUAUUGUUUGCUGAAGUGACAUGCUCCUUCAUAUUUCUGAAGAGAACUCCAUUGAAUGGAUAGACCACAGUUUGGCUUUCCAUCUCCAAUUUUAAUGAUGUUAAAAAUUAUGAUUUUAAAUUAUGAUUAAAAAUUACAAACCCUUCAAGAACACUUCAACAAAUAGUCCUCUCUCCGUCCCUCCUCCCUCUCUCUGCCUCCCUCCCUCCAGGAUGAUGCUUUUGGAAUUGUGUGAAAUGAUGGUUAACAAACUAACUCCAAAGCCAUAUUAUGCUUUUUAUGAAUAUUGUGAUUUUAUAAUAUAUUUCUGUAUUAUAAUAUUGAUAAAUUAUCCAUAAUGUUAAUUUUAGGAUAUUAAACAAUAAAACAGCAUUUACGUACAAA